AUGUCCGGUCGAUUUGUCAGACAGCAUUGUAUUCGAGGCGGCGUGGAAUUUCGGAACACCCUGAGAGAAGAGGCUCGCAUGACAAUUCUUAUUCUCUGCUUGAUUGGUGCCUUUUUCAUUUGCCAGAGUCCUUUUGUUGCCUACUCCGCUUGUCAUAAAGUUGGAAUUCUCUCAAAACCAAGUCACGGCCACAGCCUUUUGCGCGCUGCCAUCACCCUAGCUCUAGCACUCAAAAGUGACUGCACCUUCGUGUUCCACUGCUGGUUAAAUCAGCGCUUUGCUCUUGCCCUGCGGCGGAUGCUGUGUUCUUUUUCAGCCAACGAAGGAUCUGGUCGCUGCCGCCUAAGCAAAUCUUACUCUCUUGAAGCAUCUCAAAACAACGGCAAUCUUCAAUAUUCUCAAACUCGUUCACUCGUUAAGCAUCAUGCUAUUCAACACGCCAAUCAAAGGGAUAAGAAGCACGUCAAAAUGUUGUUGAAGGAAAUCAAACACAAACACAGAACGACAUGCCAAUCUAAGGAAGAGGAAGUGCACAAGCUGUCGGAGCUGCAGUUCCCGCAACUAAGAGAUUCGAUAACAUUUGAACUGAAACAGGAUGACAAAAGAAAAGGAACCACCCAAACGAGGGGCGCGAAUCAAGCGGAGAGCGUUACCGAGCCGCUGUACCGUAGUGAUGCAGCCUGGGAUGAGCAGCAUCAAACAGGAAACAUCAGACACGCUGCUUCCAUGAAGAAGAAGUCAUUGCCAAUAUUUCCAAAACGCUGCAGCAGAAAUGAGCAAAAAUUCUUCUCGGAAAAUGACCUUCAUACGUCCUUCACAACUACUGACUGUUCCUUUGGUUCUUCAUGCCAAGCUCUGUCCUCGGUUUCCUCGGUCGGGUGUACAGCGGAAACAUGUGCUCAUUGCGGAUGUUCCCUAACUAAAACUUACUCGUUGCCACUCCGAAAUCCCAAGUUAGGAUCCUGUGAAUCAUGCUAUAUUAAGUGCGAUUGA